AUGCUGAGUGGAAUUCAUGAGGUAGCGACAAGCGAGUUUGGCCGGAUGCUAUGGAACAAGACAGCCAGUAUGGGUGACGACCUUGACGAGGAUCUACUGGACAUGCGGGGUACAAGGUACAAGGGGGUUUCGAGUAGUAAGGAAGCUGAUUCUGCUUUCAGACCCGAGUCAUCCCGUCCUCAUGGAACAAACUGGCCCACAGUGGUAGUUGAAUCUGGUGUGUGGGAAACACUAGAACGCUUGCGUAUUGAUGCCAAGUGGUGGCUUUAUAACUCCUCAGGGGAUGUCCGUAUUGUUCUACUUUUUGCCAUCAAGGAAGUAGGGCAAGAGAUUCUCAUAGAGCAAUGGGAACUUUGCCCUACCAAU